UCAUACUAUUAAGUUGAUUGCAACAUUUUUUGAAUUUCUAGAAAACCAUAUAUGGAUUGCUGUUUUACCAAUCAAUAUGAUAACUCGACACAAAAUGCAGAGACAUUUCCAAAUGUCUCUAGUCCAGAAAUGUUUGAUAGUGAUACUGAAAGUGAUAUAGAUAAUAAAAAUGUUAAUACAUUAGCUGAUGAUAGUACAUUGGCAAUGAUUCUCCCUCGGGAACUCACUCAGGCUGAAUUGAUUGCAAAAUCAGAUAGUUACAUGUUGGCUAGAAUUAAUAAGUUUUUAAGUGGCGUCCCACCUCCGCCAAGACAUACAAUGUGUCAAAGCGAUUGCUCGGAUUUUCUACAACAUAUUUAUGAAAAUCGUCAAUUGUUCUACAUUGAAUACCCAUUAACUAAUGGAAGUUUAGAUUCUAUGGAAAAUGUCAAGCAGAUGAUUAUAGAAGCUAGCGAUAGGAAUGCUUCUUAUCAAUGUAUAAAAGGUACUUCUAGAAAUUUGACAAAUAUUCUUGAUGUCUGUAAUUUGCCAGCUAGUACGGAAGGCACAAAACUUGGCCUAAAUAACAGCAGUAAUGAUAACUUGAACAUACAACAUACUGUUCCUAAGGAGAUACAAAGUUCAGUUAAUACAAUCAAAGAAACAGUCAAGAUUGCACCAAUUAUAGAUAAUUUAAAUAUAUCUCACGAACAGUCUCCUCUUCUUUAUCAUACAAUUGAUGAGAAAAAGGCUAAGACUUUAAUGUGGCCUCAGGCUUAUUAUCACAAGUUCCAUGGCAUACAUUAUAACAGAAGCAAAACUGUAGAGGAAUUUGAGAAUUUGACAGUUAAAUUAUGUGAAAGAUAUAUAGGAGCUGAAACACAAUCUACUUGUAAUAUAUGGUUUUCGAAGCAGCCACCAGGAAGUGCAAGAAAACGAAGUUUAUUGGCAAAACGCGGAAAUGGUCAAAGUCCGGACAAAAGAUUGACGCAUUUAACCAGAAGACGAAGAACUUUUUGUAGCGCUAAUUUGCAAGGAUUGGGUCUCUCUAAUAAAAGGCAGUUAAUGAUACCAAUUAAAAAACUUACAUAUAAAAAAGGGAAAAGUCCAAGAGGUAAAUGUUUACGAGGUAAAAGUCCAAGAGGGAAGAGUCCUCGAGGUAAAAGCCCAAGAAGUUCAGCAAAAAAGAAGGUGGUUCGGAGAUUAAUGUUAGAUGAAUCAAGUCCAUGUAAAUCCAAAUUAGAAACUUCGAAACGUGCGUUGUUUCAAAGUCCUCCGUCAAAUCAUGCAGGUCCUAGCAAAUUAUUAGGCACAAAUAGUACAGAUACUCAAAAAAUCAAACGCGUUUUAUUUUCAACACCGAAAAAGAACGAAUUUGAAAAUAUGAAACAAACACUUUUAAAAGAAGAAAGCAGAAAAAGAAAGUGCGAGGAAGAAUUGCAAGGACCACGAUUGAAAUGGGUAAAAAGUUUAUCGUUUGAUUGUACGCAUGAAUUAAAGAAUACCUCGAAGAUUGCAUGGGAUAGAUUUUCUUCGAGCAGUAUUCUUUCGAAGAACGAUACAUCUUUUAAUCAAGGAAAAACCGAGCUAAGCGAUACUCAUAAAAAGAAAUUACUUUGGGCAGUCGCGGAAGCUUUACGAAGCAAAGGCAUUGGCAUGAAUCAUCCGAAAUUUAAACAAUAUGCUGCAAACUUAGCACGUACAAUUAAAAAAUUUAUGCCUGAUCUUGAAAAUAGGAAUAUUCCGCGGAAACCUGGAAGUACAAGCGAUCGCAUGUUGAAACUGGCCAAGCAUCAUGUACUGUUUCUUAUCGAUACUAGGCCAAUAGAUUGACAGUACUCAUUAGUACAAUUAGUAAAAUUCAGAAGAAUUGCAUACACAAAAGAUUUGCAUCUUAGCGAACAAGGCGUUGUUAAAAUGACCAAAUAUAUGGGUGCUUAUACUUUUAGUUGACAUGUAUUUACAUACUGACUUUUAUAUAAUUUAAUAACAUAAGAAAAAAAAA